AUGGCCAUCCACAAAAUCCAGAAGAACAAGUCGAAACCCAGAUCCCCAAUUCUCAUACUCUCAGCCUCCUUAGCCUUAGUUGCUCUCUUGUUUGUUGUUUCUUCUGUAGUUUCCACAAAUGGGUUCUCAAUUUCCAACGCAAAAACUAUAGAAAACCUGGUGGGCAAGUCGAUAGAUCGUCAUAUACGACACAAUGGGCCUGAAAAGUACUUAUAUUGGGGUAACAAAGUUGACUGUCCUGGAAAGCAUUGCGAUUCUUGUGAGGGUUUGGGUCAUCAGGAGUCCAGCCUUAGGUGUGCCCUUGAAGAGGCCAUAAUUCUUGAGAGGACUUUUGUGAUGCCUUCUAGGAUGUGUAUUAAUCCAAUACACAAUAAGAAAGGGAUUCUUCAUCAGUCAAAGAAAGCAAGUUUUGAGGAAAUGUGGGCAGCUAGCUCUUGUGCCAUGGAUUCUUUGUAUGAUCUCGACCUUAUAUCCCAGAGUGUACCUGUGAUUUUGGAUAACUCAAAGAUGUGGUAUCGGGUCCUAUCAACAAGUAUGAAGUUGGGAUCUAGAGGGGUUGCUCAUGUAGAAGGAGUUAGUCGUGCUGAUGUGAAGGGGAAAAGUCUGUACUCGAACAUAUUGCUGAUUAAUCGAACUGCAAAUCAUCUUUCUUGGUUUAUGGAAUGCAAGGAUCGAAACAACCGUAGUGCUAUAACGUUGCCAUAUUCAUUUCUUCCUUCAAUGGCUGCCAGAAAUCUACGAGAUGCAGCGGAAAAGACAAUUGAUGGAGUUCCUUCUAUCUAUGAUCAAUGUCGUAAUGUGGAAGAAUUUUGGAUUAGCAUCACCUUCCUUCAUCCAUUGAAUUUUGGAUCUUUGGCGCCGUACAAUCUCUUCCCUUUUCAAGUAUUGCACUAUGUGAUGGUAUCCUUUCUGGUUGCCAAAAGCUUCUUUGUUCCAUUUGUUGAGCCCUUCUUUAGUGGCUUGCAUUACUCCGUUGAAACAGAAUGCAAGGAAUCCCCUAAUGUUGGUCUUCCAUGUGGCUUUGACUACAUUGUGACUGGUAGUGUCCCUAGUCCAUAUAGGUUGAAAUUUGAAGGAUUUGGGGAAGGAUAG